AUGGCCAAAUUCUCGAUUCAAAGCCUUUUGUCGAAUUUGUUGAGAUGCGAUGAAGUGCAACCGGAGCGACCCACCACCAGUCUGAAGCUCGAGGAGGAUGAUGAUAUCGAGCCAAAACUCGAGAUUGACAUUGGAUCUGAAGAAGAUGAGGGUUUGGGUGAGUCAAGGAUUUGCUCAGAUCCUUCAGUCUCCGAUCCUCCUUCCUCUCCUCCCACCUCCACCACUGGAUCUGCUGGCAGUCCACAAAACUCACCUGAAUCAAUUUCUGAAAAGGAAAAGAACGAUGAAUCCCCAUCAAAAGAUUCGGACUCGGAGCACAAAAAGCCCCAAUUCAGCUACAAUGCUCUCAUCAUGAUGGCGAUCAAGGAGAGCCCAGAGAAGAGGUUGACACUAUCUGGGAUCUACGAGUACAUCACCAGUAAAUACCCUUUCUAUCGAGAGAAUAAACAAGGCUGGCAGAACUCAAUUCGACACAACUUGUCACUUCAUCGCGGUUUUGUGAAAGUGCCAAGAAAUUUCGAUGAUCCAGGCAAAGGAAACUAUUGGACUUUGGAUGCAAAUAUGGAGGACGAGCUGGUGGUGGCUGGGACUGGAGGAAAGUUGAGGAGACGACCCGCGCAAAGGCAAAGGAUUCAACCAUUCCCAUCGCAACCGAUGUUCCCCCAGCUGAUGGGUCUUCCACUCAGCGCCCUCGGUCCAGCGAUGGCGGCCACUCGGAACCCGUUCGCCCCUUCUCCAUACCAAAUCGGUGCCCCUCUUCUUCCACAAUUCCCUUUCCCCAUUCAGUCCCCAUCUGAAGAGCUUUUGCGUUUGUAUCUUUGUCAACAACAUCAA